UUUAAUUUUGGUCAGUUUUGCCAACUCUGUUAUCUUUUCUUUUUUCCCAAUUUCCUUUUCUGUCAUAUCAUUACUAUUAUUAUUUUCUCUCUCAGAAAGAAUCUCUUAUCAACUUACUUGCAUACUUUUGAAAGAUCAUAUCACAUACACUCUCUCUUUGCUUCUUCAAUUGCUCAUGGCUACUUCUGAAUCUUCAACAUCAUCACUCCACACUACUACUACUCCUGAAGAGCCAAUUGAGACAAAGGUGAUUGGAGAAGUAAAGCCUAUGGAACAAGAAACUGUUCUUUUAUCUAAGGAAGUUAAAGAAGGUGAAACUGAGGAACUGUCAAGUGAGGCAAAGCAGAUAUCUAUAUUGGAAGAAGAGGCAGAAGAUAAACAGACAAAACCUCCAGCAGUUGAGAUGAAGAUUGAGCAUGAUUCAGUUGUGGAUGUUCCUGGAAAAGAUAAAAUUGAGGCAGAGAAAGAUCCUGUUCCUCAUUCACAUGGGCAAAGCGAUCCAGAGUUAGUAGCUGACACUGUUAAUGGCGAACAAGUCACACAACCAACUACUGAAUCUGUUGCACAAGUAUUAGAGCAACCAGCAAAGGCAUCUGUGGUGGAAACGCAACUUGAGCAACCUGAGAUAAUUGAUGCUUCUGCACCUUCCGUUGAAGUUGUUGAGAAACCAAAGGAGCUAUCAGACAUUCUUCCUUCCAAAGAAUCUGAAGAAGUUAUUGUAAAAGAUGUUGAUGAUUCAGAAGCAGUGUCCAAAGAAGUUAAAAAACCAGAGAUGCAUGUUCUAGAAGCUGACAUCAAACAGGAGGAAGAAUCUGUAGCUGCAGAACAAGUUGAAAAAUUAAAAUCAGUUGAAGAAGUUGGGAGACCACAGGAACCACCGGAAGUUCUAUCUAUCCAAGAAUCAGAAGCAGUUGUGAAGGAUGUUGAAGUUUCAGUAGCAGCAUCCAAAGAAGUUGAUGAACCAGAAUCAGUAGUUCCUAAAGCAGACGAGAAGCCAAAGGAACAAUCUGAAGUUACACAACAAGUUGAAACAGAUUUAGUAGUUCCUGAGGUAGAAGCAAAACCAAAGGAACAAUCCGAAACAGAACAAGUUGAACCAGAAUCAGUAGUUCCUGAAGUAGAAACAAAACCAAAAGAACAACCUGAAGUUACAGAACAAGUUGAGAAAAUACAAUCUGUUGAAGUAGUUGAGGAACAACAAGAGUCAUUGGAAGUUCUUCCUGUGAUUGAACCAGAAGCAGCUCUAGUAAAAGAUAAAGAUACUGAAGAGUCAGAAGUGGUGAAAGAUGCAAGUAAACCAGAAUCAACAGCUCCUGAAGUUGAGGUGAAACAAGAGGAACAAUCUGUUGUGUCCGAAAUUGAGAAAACAAAUUUGCUAGAUCCCGAAAUUGAGGUAAAAAAAGAGGAACAAUCUGCUGCACGGGAAGUUGAGAAAACAGAAUUGCUAGAUUCUGAAGUUGAGGUGAAACCAGAGGAACAUUCUGUUGCGGCUGAAGUUGAAAAAAUGAAAUUGCUAGAUCCUGAAGUUGUGGUCCCAGAGGAACAACCUGCUGCGGCUGAAGUUGAAAAAACGAAAUUGCUAGAUUCUGAAGUAGAGGUGAAAUUGGAGGAAGAAUCUGAAGUAGUAGUAAUUGAAGAAGUUGAGAAGCCAAAAUUGCUAGAUCCUGAAGCUAAGGUGAAACCAAAGGAAGAAUCUGAAGUUGCAGAAGUUGAACUAAAGUCCAAAGAUGAAAAAACAGAACCAGUCCAGUCUGAUGUCAAAGUAAAAGCAGAUGGAGAACCAGAAGUUAGCCAAACUUUGACAGAAGAAGGAUCAUUGGCUGAUAAAGUGGAGGAUAGCACAUCUGUUGAGGAAAAGGAAGCCAGUAAAGAAGCAGAAUCUUGCACAUCUUCUCUUCCUGAUGUCACAGUGAAGGCUGCUCUGGAGGAUGGAAGAAAGGAAGGCGAGGGGACUAUUGUAGCCGAAGUGUUAUCAAAAGAGGCAGAGGUGGACAUAAAAAAGGGUGAUGAGGAGAAAGAGGAAAAUACUAUCAAAACUAUAGAUAGAGAUGUGCUGAAUGAAGAAGUAGCUCAGCCAAUUAAAGUGGAUGAUGUUAAGAAUGCUGUUUCAAGUGCUGAAGUUAUUGAAAGAUCAUUUGAAGAAGAAAUCACAGGUAAAGGUGUUGAACCUAUUGUAGAAAACAAGGGAGAAGAGAACUUAACAGAUGAGAAACUAGCUUUAGUUGAAACCAGAAAUGACGUGGAUGUAGAGGUAAAACGGGAUGAAACCACUACCACUGUCGCUGAAUCCGUUCAAGAAUCCCAAGAUUCAGCAGUGAAAGAAGUAAGUGCAAAUACGGGCGAAGAUAAGUUAGAGAAAGAGAAUGUUGAGGAGUCUACCAAGGGUGGUGAUGAUGUAAAAACAUCCAGGGACCUGCCAACUGAAGUUCCUGCCAAGCCCAAUCAAAAGCAAUCAAAUAACAUUUUAACAAAGGUGAAACAGUCACUGGUGAAGGCAAAGAAAGCUAUCAUCGGGAAAUCUCCAAGCUCGAAGACCCUCGCCUCUGAUACCAAGGAUGAUAUUAAAGUCAAAUAAUUGAAAGGGAAGGAAACAGUUUGCGUGAACAUAAGGUUGUGGAAUCUGCUUUUGUGAUAUACAGAACUCAGUUGUGUGUUAAAACUCAUUGUUCCUACAUUUCACCCUAUUCUUUUCAGUAGUAUGUAUUGCUUGUGUGCUGUUUGUUGGCUAUUUUCAAUUAUGACAGUACAGAAAACUUAUCCAGUUGUGAAGAUUGAUUUGUAGA